CCUCUCCGAUUUCACUGCAAAGGACAGGAAAUUCUCUUUGGGAGACGGUUGUCUAUUUCUCGCUCUAGUUUUGCUGCUCACAUCUGGAAAGGAUCUGACUUGGGAAAAGGAAAAUAUCUUUCUGAGCUCUGUGUGUAACUGACAUGGCAUGAACUAAGGGGAGUCUUUGGGGGCAAGAGAAACGCUUUUCUCCCUUCCUUUGAUUUCUGUCAACAACGUGGAAAUGCUUCCAAGCAGCAGAUCCCUGCUGGUGCUGUGGCUUUUGGUAUUUAGCUACAAAAUGAUCCAUGGUCACAAUGAUGAAGACAAUGAGUUUCUGGAAAAUUCAUCCAAAUUACCGAAUCCAGACCCUAAUUUCCUGGCUCCAGACUGCCCUAGAGACUGCACCUGCACCCAGGAAGGAGUUGUGGAUUGUGGAGGGAUCGAUCUGAAAGAAUUUCCCAUAGAUUUACCAGAGUCAACAAACCACCUUUCCUUGCAGAAUAACCAGAUAGAAGAAAUCUUUCCAGAAGAGCUUGCCCGUCUUUACAGACUAGAAACUCUCAAUUUACAGAACAACAGGCUCACUUCGAAAGGGCUUCCAGAGGAGGCAUUUGAACAGCUGGAGAACCUGAAUUACCUGUACCUUGCAAACAAUAAGCUAACUCUGGCUCCGAAAUUCCUACCAAAUACCUUGAUCAGUGCAGAUUUUGCAGCCAAUUACAUCACAAAGAUUUAUGGGCUCACGUUCGGACAGAAGCCAAACCUGAGAUCUGUAUACCUUCACAACAAUAAACUUUCAGAUGCUGGGUUACCUGAUAAUAUAUUCAAUGGGUCUAAUAACGUGGAGAUAUUGAUCAUGUCCAGCAAUUUCCUGAAGUAUGUUCCGAAGAACCUGCCUCCAGCACUAUAUAAACUACACUUAAAGAACAACAAACUGGAAAAGAUUCCCAAAGGAGCCUUCAAUGAACUUGCGGGCCUUCGAGAGCUGUAUUUGCAGAACAACUACUUGACUAAUGAAGGGAUGGACAAUGAAACCUUCUGGAAACUAUCCAGCCUUGAAUAUCUAGAUUUGUCCAGCAAUAACCUUUCACAAAUCCCGAGUGGCUUACCUCGAAACAUCGUCCUCCUUCACCUGGAGAAGAAUGCAAUUAAGACGAUUGGCAGGGACGUUUUGAUCCAAAUUAGAAACCUUGAGUACCUUCUACUUCACAACAACAAAUUAAAAGCCCGAGGGAUCCACCCGCUAGCCUUCCAGGGCUUGAAGAAGCUACAUACUGUCCACUUGUACAACAAUAUGCUGGAAAGGAUUCCCAGCGGGCUACCGCGGCGAGUGAAGACACUUAUGAUCCUUCACAACCAGAUCUCUGAGAUUAACAGGAAUGACUUUGCUACCACUUAUUUACUGGAGGAGCUAAACUUAAGUUACAAUAAGAUCACAAGUCCUCAUAUCCAUCGGGAGGCCUUCCGCAAGCUGAGACUGCUAAAGUCCUUGGAUCUUUCUGGAAACAACCUCCACACGCUGCCCUUUGGCUUUCCAAAGAACUUGCAGAUUCUGAAACUGAAGGAGAACGACAUAAGCACCAUUCCAAGAAGAGCCCUGGCAGGAAUGACAAAGCUGCAGGAGCUCUACCUGAGCAACAAUAAACUGAAAGUCAAUUCCAUUCACAGGGGAGCAUGGCGGGAACUCAGCAGUCUCCAGAUAUUAGAUAUGGGUGGCAAUCAGCUGAUCUCUAUUCCAUCGGAUCUGCCAGGAUCCCUAGAAUAUCUAUAUCUCCAGAACAACAAAAUCACCAUGGUAUCAGAGAAUGCCUUUGAAUCCACACCCAACAUAAAGGGAAUUUUCCUCAGGUAUAAUAAGAUAGCAGUUGGAGCAGUGAAGGAAAGUACAUUCCAAAGCCUAAAGCAUUUACAGGUGCUGGAUAUUGAAGGGAACUUUGAAUUCAGUGAUACUUCAAAGAACAGGGAUAAUUCAGAAGAGGAGGAGGAAGAAGAAGAGGAAGAAUCAAGAUAACUAUGAACAGACUCAAGCACAUCAUGUGGAAAACAUAUGGAAAAUGACAUAUAUUCCUGUAUCUAUAUAUAGAUAUACUGAGAGCACUUAGCGAAACGUGCGGUGAAUUACACCCAGACUAUUUGUUGUGGCACUGGGCCAGGCUUGAUGAAGAUAGCCUGUUAUAGUGCCUUAAUCAGGGAGAGACCCUGAAUGUCAUCCCAAAGCUUCCAAUUCAUCUUAUACAAGACUCUGGAUCAUAAGGAAUUGCUCUGGAACUCACAAAAGCUGGCUUUUGUUUCUUCUAUUUCUCUUCCCCUACCAUUUCCAUCUAUAAUAACAAAAUGGGACUGUAUUGAACACAUGCCUUCAGAUGCUGUCUUUGUCACUCCAUUUUAAAUGAACCAUAUAUACGUUUUGUCUCUUUUCUCUCACCCCGAACAGAUUGAUAGUUGAUCAAGAGGGAUGGGUAUUUACAGUAGCUUCAUCGGAGGAGCAGUAUAUGAGGCAUCUUCAUCACCAAACAGCAAUAAGAACAACCAGACUGGAUUAAUCCAUUCCUCUGUUAGUACAAUAUGUAUAUUUGGAUGAGAAAAGCAAAUUAAGGCUGGAUCCCAUAGUAACUUAUCCCUACUAUCAAAGCCUGCAGUAUAUGCCCGUGUUAGAAAGGUUUUUAAAACAAAUCAACAACUCUUGUACAUAUAUAAAAAAGAAAUGCAUUUUUACAUUAUAGUCCUUGUCAAAGUUUCUGCCGUGCUGCUUUUUGUCCAUGAGGCAUUUGUACAAAUAUCCCUGAAUAGUGACCAGGUGAAUGGACCAAAUAAUAUUUAGGAGCUGUACAGAAGCACACAUUCUCAACUAGAUGCAUAUUGUAUAGCAUACAUACUUAAGGGCCUGAUCCUGUCACCACCAAAGCCAGUGAGAGUCGUGGAUACUCAGUACCUCUCAUAAGCAGACCCUAAGAUGUCAUUAGGGACAGCGAGGGGAGGGGUUUCCCAUCAGAGUGCUAGACUGGGACCCAACCCUUGCAGGACCUUGGGCCCUUAAAACUGCUCUCACUUUUAAGACCCCUCCUGUAAUAUCCUGAGUGCUCUCAGUUCCUAUUGAAAUCAUGGAACAGACCUGAAAAAAUAAGAAUCAAAGCUUAAGGGCUGUGAGGUUCUAAUUGGCUUGUAAUGUUCUUCAUCUGAGCUAUCUAAUCAGUGCAAGGAAGUUGUUGAUGCAGUGAGGGUUUCUGGUUGAGCACAUGUUGUUUGCAUAAUGUGCUCCUAGGAUUUAUUUGCAGGUGUUGUGUUGGCUUGUUUCUACACCAGCUGUUUUCCCUACUGGAGCAGAUCUAGUUAUACAUUCUCCCUUUUGAUUUCUCUAACACAUGAGUUAUUCCAUGGCCUUGCCAGUUCUCAAUGGGGACAAGUCACACAAGGAAAAAAAAAAGC